AUGGACAAACUAUACUCCUAUUUGAACCAAAGGGUAAAUCCUAAACAACUUAUCAUUUCAUCAGAAUGUCUAACAUAUGACUCUCAAUUAUCGUUAGUCAGACACAUAACAAAGACAAUCUUGAAAAUCAAUCCAUACUAUGCAAAGAUUAUUCUUCGAGAAUAUAUCAAACAUAUAGAGAAUUCCAGCGAGGAAAUAUCAGAUGAACUAUAUGAAUUGUUCUGCUCCUCCUUAAUUUUGAACGCGGUUGAAUCGCCACCAGAUACUCCUGAAAUAAUAAAGUACUAUGUGAAUGGGCUUGCUAGUAAAGAGUAUUUGGGAAAGGAUUACGAAUCUAUCUUGGUAAAGGAAACGCCUAAAGUGAUAACUGGAAGCAACACAACUGGGUUAAGGACAUGGGAAGCGGCAUUGUAUUUGUCGAACUUCCUAAAUGAUGGUCCCGAACCACCCUACGAUUUUAGAGAUAGCAAUGUAUUGGAAUUAGGAUGUGGAACAGGAUUAACAAGUCUUGCUCUCGCAAAGAAUUAUCAACACAACUAUGGUUCCAUAAGACAAAUUGUGAUGACUGAUGGGUCAACUAGCGUAUUUGAUAAUCUUUAUGAGACUUUGAAGCUGAAUAAUCUUCAGAAUGAAGCAAAUAUUAGAUGCCAGCAACUAAUAUGGGGUGAUGAUUUAAACAUACAAGAAGAUAUAGAUUUCUUAAUUGGUGCAGAUAUAACGUUUGACUCGACUCUAUUGGAAACAUUAUGUUUCACCAUCAAUGAUUUCUUUGUUAACAAGAAUACAAAAUUCGCAAUAAUCGCAGCAACUGUAAGGAGUAUAGAAACAAUAAAAAUCUGGGAAGAACAACUUGAAAAAUGGUUUACAAGUAAGUGGUCUAUUAAAUCCAAAAUAGAGAAGCCAGAAUCUUUGACUACCAAUUGUUGGUUUAGGAUUGGAACUCAAGAAAUUCGUGUGUAUGAAAUACAUAGUUAA